CUUCUCUUUCAGCUCGUGCUUUGUUUACGCCGCAUGUUUUCCUCAGCAGGUUGUGGCACGGCCGGACCGGCAGUGAGGCUCUCGGGAGGGGACUGUUGAAUUCGACAGCUCACAGAGAGAAAGGGGAAUCGGUGCCUGAGGAGAAGAGGUUCUGGGCCAGCGGCGACUACUACAAGCACCUGAGGAAACAAAGGAAAGGAUUUCGAUCUGCCCGGAGAACCCUGAACCCAUCUUCUUUCCAUUGCAUUGGUAUUACUUCGACUGGGAUUCUACUGCUGUAGAAGUAGUGCAGCCUUUUGAAUGUUUCGGACAGCUCAGAACAUGUCAACGAAUGACACGGUUGACCACUGCAAAGCACCCAACCAAAUCACAUACGAAACCCUCUCCUGGCUGAUUGUUGGAGAGUUCGUGCUGGGGCUGCCUCUCAACCUGUCGGUCCUCUACAUAUUCAUCUUCAGGUUCAAGUUCUGGAGGAACAAAAGCGUCUUCCUCUUCAACAUCGUGGUGGCCGACUUCUUGCUGGUUGCCUGUCUUCCUGCCAAGGCUUACCACUACCAUCACGGCCAAAGGCGCAGCUCAAACAAAUGGGAGUGCAAGACCAUGCACUUCAUGCUGUUUCUCAACCGCGGCGCCAGCAUCGCCUUCCUCAUCACCCUCUCCAUCGAACGCUACUUCAACGUGGUGCAUCUCGGGAGGAGGAAUAUCGUCAAAGUACUGAAGAAGUCCCCUCAGGUGUCGAUCCUCAUCUGGCUCGUCUUGCUGCCCCUCACCAUCCCCACGAUGGUCAAGACCUUCGAGUGCUGCAACAGUCACGGCCGCAGAUACGAAACCGCUUAUCACGAUGUGACGGACACAUUCAGAGAGGUCGUGUACUUCGGCCAGAUCAUCGUGCCCUUCGUCGUGCUGGUCUACUGCACGGUGCGCAUCGUCAACCGGCUGAGGAGGAAGACGGUGGGGGAGAAGACCAAGCUGAGGAGGGCCGUGUGGGUGGUCAUGUCGGUCGUGGUCGUCUUCUCGGUCUGCUUCCUGCCCAGCACCCUGGCCCGAGCGGUGCUGCUGAGCGUGCGGCUAAAAGAGGAGUGGCAGGGCGCGGAGGACCACGUGGUCCAGGUCUACGACAGCCUCAUGGUGCUGUCGUACAUCGACUGCCUGCUGGACCCGCUGGUGUACUGCUUCUGCAACUCGGGGUUUAAGGACGCCUACGUAUGCACCUUCUGUCCCGCGUUCCUCCGCAAGAGACUGCUGAAAACCAACGUCGGCUUGGGGACGACAACAACAACAACAACUACUACUUGUGGAAAUAGGGAUCUUUCUUUGCCGAUAUCAGCCAAAUGAUAUUUUCUUUCUGUCUUUGACCGCUUUUAACGCCACAGAUAGCUUAACCACUGAUAUGUUUGUUUCAGCGUCUGUGUGCAUGACCACAUUAAACCAGGCCGUGUAGAUCUUUAUUUCUCAAAACAGGUCACAAAUUAUGUAAAAGAAAAAACACUAGUAACACUAGUAAAAUUUCAAACCCGACUGCACUGAAGAGACCUAGAAGGUUUGUUUAAACUUUCCUCAUUCAGGAUUUGCAUCAAUUUCUGAUGUUGAUCAUCAAAUUGAAAUAUUUGUAUGAGGAUGAAUUGCCGACUGAAGAUUGUUGUAUACUACUGCUGUAAAUAAACAGAACACAUGUCUACAUUACCACGAGAUGGAGGCCAUCAUAUAUACACUGUGAGCAACAACGUGUGUUUACUGCGUGUUUACUGUGUACUGAGUUAUCCACCUUGUACCCUCCUACAUCAUUCAGACUGCAGUUCCAACCCAUUUUCAGGAAGCUGCAACACUUUGUUCAGAAUUGUCUGACAGAUGACAUAGUCUGGUCAAAAAGGGAACAUUGUUUGUCGAUCCACUUCCUAACUCACGGUACUUUUUAGGCAUUACAGGUGGAGCAAGAGCAGAGAUUGUCAAGUCGGGCCAGCAAGUUUAAAGCAGAGAUAACACACACACACACACACAGCAGCAGAGAAACGACAAAAGAGCAACAACAGUCAGAUAGUUAACAGCUAGUAGAACGUUUACACUGUCAAGUCUGUAAAUACCAAUACGAUAAACCUGUAUAUUUUGUUACAUUUGUUUGUGCUAUAAAACUUAUCUUUUAUGUAUUUGUGGGAGGGUUGAAGGCAGCAUUUCGGCUGGCUCCUCUCCAACCAAACGGCCAAUUGGUGGCAGGCCUUAAAAAGCACCUGCCCAUGGCCUCAGUCACCUUUGGUUUGGUGCUGUACAGGUAUGUUUGGUCUUAAAUUCUUUAUACUUACACAAAGGGCACCUCUUGUUUUGUGCUGUACAGAGAACCUGCUGCUGUUUUGCUAUUGUAGUCCUGUGUUUUCAGGUUCAGGUUACUUCCUGUUGUUUUCCUCAGUCGUUUUUGCUGUGUCCACUUGCCUGUUUUUUUUUUAUAAAUCUUAACCCCGUUUUUAGUGAUUUGUCCUUACUUUGGUUUCAUUGUCUGUGAAUAAAACUUUUUUUCUUAAUCACUAUAAACGUCUCUGCCUAAAUCCACAGUGACUUAUUUGCGUGUCUUUGAGUAUUUAGAUCUGCGUUGUUGGUUUCUUCCCCUAAAGCUCCGUCACAUAUUGAAAUUUAAAUAUUAUAGCAAUAAGAUACAAAAUACGCUCAGGCCAGCUGCCAUC